GAGAUAUUAGCAAAUCAGCUAAAGAAAAUCGAAUUGAACAAACGAAUCGAAUCGAAUUGAGGGAGCCAACUAGUUAAUAGGAAAAUUUUUCAUUAAUUCAAUCAAAAAUUCCGGUUACCCUUCUAAAAUGCCACAAAUAAGCAAAACCGAGGAUGAGUUUGGAAAGAAGAUCGACCGCUGCAUAACAGAUAUGGGCAUUAAAAGUGUCAGUGGAAUGGCUAUUGGAACCGUGCUCUCCCUAUUGAUGUUCAAGAGGAAAGCAUGGCCCAUUAUUAUGGGAACUGGUUUUGGAGCUGGAGUUUCAUACAGAACAUGCGAAAAAGAUUUAAAUAUGUAAUUUGAUCAAAUAAAAAGCCAUUAAUUAUA